GGCUGGCAGCUCGUACCCGCCAUCUGCCCUGGCGGCUGUUUCACGGAGUCUGUUUUUCUAUUCUCUUUUCCUCCAGAAAAACUCAAGCAUCACAAAAUCAUCUUCGUGGUGGGCGGCCCCGGCUCGGGGAAGGGGACGCAGUGCGAGAAGAUCGUGCACAAGUAUGGGUACACCCACCUCUCCACCGGAGACCUGCUGCGCGCCGAGGUCAGCUCCGGCUCCGAGCGGGGCAAGAAGCUGAAGGAGAUCAUGGAGAAAGGCGAGCUGGUGCCCCUGGACACGGUGCUGGACAUGCUGCGAGAUGCCAUGCUGGCCAAAGCGGACGCAUCCAAGGGCUUCCUGAUUGACGGGUACCCCCGCGAGGUGAAGCAGGGAGAGGAGUUUGAGAAGAAGAUCGGCCCCCCGACGCUGCUGCUCUACGUGGACGCGGGGAAGGACACCAUGGUCAAGCGGCUGCUGAAGCGGGGCGAGACCAGCGGACGGGUGGACGACAACGAGGAGACCAUCAAGAAGCGCCUGGAGACCUACUAUAAGUCCACGGAGCCCGUCAUCGCAUCAGGCACCUACAGGAUCCUGGACAUGUCCACGGAGCUGCUGCAGGGGCAGGUGCUGCCGGACACAGAGCAGGGCCUCAUCGCCAAGGCCUUCGAGAAGAACUACCGCGUCAUCGCCUCCUACUCGGCCAUCCCGCUCAGCAGCGCCGUGACCAUGGAGAUCCAGGAGCACGAGGAGGCCGAGGAGCCCCCCACGACGCCCGCCCCCACGGUGCCCAGCUCCGACAUGCUGUCCCACAUGCUGCUGCUCACGCUGCAGCCCUGGAAGUGCACGGACGACACCAUGGAGAUCGUCAUCGCCCGCUCCCACCUGGAGCCCAUCAAGGACGUGGUGAACAUCACCCUGCGGGACCUGAGCUGCCGGGCGGAGCGGAACGCCACGCACUUCACGCUGCGCACGCCGCUCAGCCGCUGCGGUACCUCGCUGGAGAGCAAGGGCCACGCGCAGAACGAGCUCAUCCUCAGCCUGUCCACGGGCUCGUGCCUGCGGAGUGUGGCGGUUCCCUUCAAGUGCGAGAUCCCUCGGGAGCUCUUCCUGCGCCUCUUCCCCACGGCCGCCUUCGAGGCGCCACAGACGGAGCUGGAGGUCAACAAGGAGGCCUAUCUGCAGAACAACACCAUCUUCGAGAAGGUCUUGGAGGUGACAGUGAAGGACGUCUGGCGGCCGCAGAACAACCGAGGCCUGGGGCUGGCGGCCGUGCUGGGCAUCACCUUUGGGGCCUUCCUCAUCGGGGCGCUCCUCACCGCCGUGCUCUGGUACAUCUACUCGCACACCCGGCGGCGGGCGCCGGCGGCCCCCAUCCCGCUGAAGCACCCGCACGCGGAGGCGGAGAAGGAGGACAGGGGAAAAGGAGCCCCCCAGGGUUGUCCUCGGCUCCAACCUGGGGUUUUCCAAGCUCCGGUGACGGCGUGA